GGGAAGACUAAAAUCUCCGGCACCUCCUUUUUGUUUUGCUUCGAAAGAGAAUAGACGACUUACACAGCUCCCGGCCUCCCUGUAUCUUUCGGGCUUUCUCGGUAUUCUCUGAAGAUUCUGUGUGGGUUUUGAUCGGCUGAACCAAUUGCCUGUUUUGCAAUAAGGGGGAGAUGAUGGAUUGGGGGUUUUUUGUUAAUGGAGGCUCCUCAUCCUCUUCCAGUUUAUCGGCCUUGGCUCAGCCUUUUAGGGUUGAUCGAUCUGUUAAUAAACCCAAUUCGAACCCACUUGUGCCUUUAACUGAACCGCCUUGUGCUGCCCCUUUUAAUCCCUCUCUGCACAACUUGAACCCACUUGUGCAUUUGUCUGAAGCACCUUGUGUUGUCCCCUUUAAUCCUUCUCUACACAACUCAAACCCACGUAUGCAUUUAAAGGAACCACCUUGCGGUGCCCCUUUCAACCCCUCUCUGCAAAAUUGGCUCUAUUCACACAAUCCCACUUCUAUACCUGAUUUCCUUGCCGGUACUGAAUCAGAAGUUGAUUCCUUGUGUGCCGCCACCUGUCUACCUUCCCCAAAUCCGUACAGAUUCUCCGGCUCCCUGUCUAUUCACUUACCCGAUAACUCUUUACCUCCCUUAAACUCUAGUCCUAUGGCUGCAACUGAUGAAUUCUCAUAUGCUCAAAGUUCUGACAGCCUUAUAACAAGUCUUAUUGAAACCGAACCAUAUUACCCCCAAUAUGUCCCGCCUGCUGUUCAUGACAAUAGUCCAUUGGCGGUCCUUAGUGAACCUGGUUAUGAUUUUUUAUCUACUUCCCAUGUUGCUCGGUUGAGUGGAUCUUUUCAAGAUGAUUGCACUCAAAGUUUGUCCGGUUUGGAGCAUCCAGCUGGGUGGAGUGGCUUUUGGAAUGGAUUGGCAGAUGGGAAGCAGGGCAAACAGAUGAACUUUGAUGGGAGUUUUUCCGCAAAGGAGAUUAAUGUUGCUGGUUCAUCCAUUUACAAGGAUUUUAUGAAGCAAGGUGCUCCAGCAGUUGAGAGCUUGAGCAGAUGUGAAGAAGUUGCUGCUGUUUCAGAUAGAAAAUAUGUCAAUACUCAGGGAAGAGAAAACUGCAUUGGAUCCCCAACUACAGAACAGCCAUAUGAUAAAUACUCCUUAGGGCAAAAUCCUAAGUUUAUCCCUGUGGAAUCAUCAAGAGCACCAGUCUUGGGACCUACUUUAAUUUUUCCAGAAAAUCAUCCUCAAUCAUCAUCCCUAGAAUCAGUCUCAAACUCCUUCAACCAUCCAAAGCUGUAUGGUGCUUUGCAUGAGAAAUCCUCACCGGCAAUUGUCAUUAGACCGCCCUCUUCUGGCACCAGUUCUUCAACAACAGAUAAAAUUUCUUCCAAAAAUGUGAAUUUCAUUGGCAAUGCUGUAACUGAUUAUAGUGAGGAUUUUGCUGGCUCUACUCCAUCUAACAGAAAGGAACCUCACCAUCCAGUUUGUUAUCAAGGGAAAGAAGUCCGCGAAGACACAGGCCAGCUGAGCAUUGGCAUGGAAAGAAAUGACCUGAUCUUUGUCAAAUCAUCUGCAUUGGAAAAGAAAGAGGUGUCAAACACUCUUGUUGCUAACAAUGUAUUGGAUCAAGCAAUAUCUGAACAUAAAGUUUCUCAAAUAGAUUGCUCAGAUAACUUCCAGAUAGGAAUAGGUGCUGAAGCUGCUGAUUCUACUGAGAAGUUAUCUGAGAGUUUAGAUUAUUACAACCCUGCUGUGGAUUCCCCAUGUUGGAAAGGAGCUCCAGCUUCUAAAUUUUCUCCAUUUGAAGUUUCCGAAGAUGCGACUCGGCAGCUUCUGACCAAAAAAAUAGAAGCAUGUGGUGAUUUGAAUCUUCCCAACCCUUCUAUUUUUCCGCUCAACACCAAUGAUGGAGUGAAAGUUUCCUCUAAAAAAGUUGGUGGAAACACUAUGUACCCUGGGGAUGAGUGUCUGCAAAAUGGUUUAUCAUUUUCUCUGAAAAAUUCUUUGAUUUCAAAUCAAUCUAGAGAACAAAGAUCACAUGAUGCUGUGAAAGCAGGAUUCCAAGGCCAAAAGUUGAACAGCAUUCAAUUUCCUGAUUACAUCCAUGAACCAAGAAAAGAAUUUGCCUUGCACAUCAAAUUGAAAGGUGAUUCUGACUCUAGAGCUCACAGCCUGCAACCUAUGCUGGAAGAAGGUAAUUUUGCUUGUGAUAAUACAAUUUCAUCAGGGGUUGGUUUCUCAGAUGCUGGAAUGAGUAGCCAUGAUGUGUCAGAAGGGGGUUCUAUACAAUUCCAGGCCGCAGAAUAUGUGCCAUGUCUGCCUUGCUGUGGGAAAAAUGAUCCUGCUAAGCUUGUCAAACCACAUAAAGGAGAGUUCUCCCCCAAAAUGAAUGUACAGAUGAUAGUUAAUACAGUUCAUAACCUGUCUGAAUUGCUUUUAUUUCAUUGUUAUAAUGAUGAUGCAUAUGAUUUGAGAGAACAUGAUCGUGAUGCCCUUAAGAAUGUAAUCAAGAAUCUUGAUGCUUGCAUGGUAAAGGCGGAACCAAUGUCUUCAAAACAGGAUGCCACCCCCCAGGGGGUGAAAGAAACUGAUGUUAAUGUUCAGGGUCAGGUCAACUGUCAGCAUACCCAGGAGGAGGUGAAGCAUUAUACUAUGUUUGAUAAGAAGGAUGGGAUCAUUCCAUUGAAGGAUGAUUUGGAUGUUGAGAAAUAUAAUGAUAUGACCAAGUCCAUAAAGAAGAUUCUUCAUGAUAAUUUUCAUGAUGAGGACGAAACAAAUCCUCGUACUCUGUUGUUUAAAAACGCGUGGCUUGAGGCAGAAGCUGCAUUAUGUUCUGUCAGUUAUAGAGCUCGCUUUGAUCGCAUGAAGAUUGAGAUGGGGAAAUGCAAUUUUCUACAACCAAAAGUUGUGUCAGAAAAUGAUGUAGCUGGAGAGAAACUAUUAAGCUCCAAGGCUUCUCAUGAUGCGAACAUGGUUGAAAAUUCUUCAUCUGAGGCAAAGGAUAGCGAUGUUUCCAUCCAGGAUUCUCUGAUUUCAAGUACAGAUGGCCAUGUAGAUGAUGUUGAGGCCUCUGUAAUGGCCCGACUCCAUAUCCUGAAGUGCAGGGAUGAGAACUCAGACUCCAUGAGCACGGGAAAACAGCUGCUGCCAGAAGUGGUUGAUCUUGGUUUUACAGGUAAGGAAAACCGUCAGUCACUUAAUAGAGACAGAUGUGAGAAUGAAAGUUUGGGCCUGAUCGUGGAACCUGACUUGCUGUGUCGUACUGCAAAUUAUGCUGAAGACAAAUUUGGUUUGCUGUUACAAUGUUCUGAACCUGAAGCAAUGAAAGAGUUUGGUGUAUGUUCCACAGAUGAUCAAGUGAUCCAAUCAUGUGGAAACAGCAGGCCUGGGAAGCAGCUUCCAGGUUGGUAUGAUAAUUCAUCAUCAGAGUGGGAACAUGUACUAAAGGAGGAACUCCCAUGGCAGAACUGAUGGACCUCAAUUUGGGAUGUGAAUGUUCAUCAUCAGCAUAUAAUUUUAUCUUUAGCUUUUCUUUCUUUUGAAUGGACUUGUAUAUACUUUGGUCAGCUCUCUUGGAGAGUUAUCCUAACUGUAAAAAGCUUUGGGUAUCAAACAUGGAACUUCUAGAACC